AUGCCCAACGUCGAUAUCAAUACUCGAGGCCGAAACUCCGAGCAUUCACACUCUGGUCCACUGGCUUCUAUACGUCAACGACGAUGGGGUUUGCGAAAUGAGAACGUGACACUUGGACUGUCAACCGCUAUUACAUCAACCAUGACGAGCGAACAACUUGAUGCCUAUGUGGACAUCCUUCAUGUUGAAGAGAUCACAGAACAACUCCGUGCCGACCAACUCGAUCCGACUAACAGGCCCCGGUCUCCAUCGCCUCCGCCCGAAUACGAUGGCACUGGCAGACGCACGAACACUUGGGAGCAGCGGUAUCGCAAGUUUCCUGAGGAGGAGCGGCAGCAGCUGGUGGAAACUGCCAUGAGGACCAUUCCAGCCUACCGUCCACCAUACGACUAUCCCCGGCCCGUGGCCAGGACCAGCGAGAAGAUCUACCUCCCAGCAACCGGCUUUCAAUCUGUCGACCUCAUCGGCCAGGUCCUCGGCCCACGGAGUAGCAGCCUAAAGACGAUGAAGGCUGAAUCCAGUGCCAACAUUGCCCCCCGCGGCAGGGGCUCUGUCAAGGAAGGCGAAGGAAGGGCACGUCUGAAGACUGCUGACCAUGACAGGGAGCCUGUUCAUUGCCUCGUCACCGCGGACUCCCAACUCAAGGUUGGCAAGGCCAAGAGCUCAUCCAUGACGUUAUUGAGACAGCGACAUCUACCCCCGAGCAUGACAACCAGCGAAAGAUCCACCAGCUUCGUGACCUCGCUAUCAUGA